AUGCGCGUCUUCAGCGCUGUCGUCGCGCUCAGCGCCUCCCUCCUCGCCACCGCCGGCCCUACCCCCGUCUCCCACAAGUUCACUUCGAAGCUUCAGCAGGCAGUCAGCCUCCGCUUCGUCAACAAUUCAGGGAUAUGUGAGACCACUCCGGGGGUGCACCAGAUGUCGGGCUACGUCGAUAUUGGGACAGGCAUGUCCAUGUGGUUCUGGUUCUUUGCAGCGCGGACAGCGCCGGAGACGGCCCCGUUUACGCUGUGGAUCAAUGGCGGACCGGGCUGUGCAUCGGAGAUAGGGCUUUUCCAGGAGAACGGGCCUUGCACCGUCAAUUCGGACGGCAAGACGACGACGCUCAACCCCAAUAGUUGGAAUAGCGUCAGUAACAUGAUAUAUAUUGAUCAGCCUAUCGGCACGGGCUUCUCACAUGGAACGGACACAGUGAACAGCACCCAGUCCGCCGCCGUGCAGUUCUGGCAGGCGUUCCAAAUCCUGUUCGAGAGCGGCGAGUUUGCGCAGUAUCAGAGCCGGGAAUUUAUCUUUGCCACGGAGUCAUAUGGUGGACACUAUGGCCCUGCUUUCGUCACCUACUUCAACCAGCAGAAUGCUGCGAUUGCGGCGGGGAAAAUAACUGGUGUUCCUAUCGUUGUGAGCGCAUUGAUGGUUAACAAUGGCUGGUUUGACCCCAUCAUCCAAAACCUCGCGUACCUGCAAUUCGCGACAAACGCGCCGGGAUAUGGCCAGCUUCAAAGCAACAGCGUGCUCGCCAAAAUGAACACGUCAUAUUUCUCCGCCAACGGCUGUCUCGCACAGGAGACGGCAUGCUACAACGCGGGCAACUCGAGUGCAUCCAACGCGAUCUGCAUCAAGGCGGACAAUUUUUGUGUAGACAAUUUGUUUGUGCCGGCCGUAGGCAACCGCGACUCGGACGACCUCCGGCAGAACUCGUCGGCCGCGUUCCCGCCUGAGUUUUACGUCAAAUACCUGGGCCAGGCGAGUGUGCGCACUGCCAUCGGCGCAGAGGUGGCAUACGGGGAGUGUCCUGAUGCGCCAUUCGAGCUAUUCGCCAAGACAGGCGACGACGCGCGGACGUGGCUUCCGCAGCUCGGCGCGCUCGCAAACUCGACGAUGAAGAUACUCAUAUGGGCGGGCGAUGCCGAUAUCAACUGCAAUUGGCUCGGCGGCCACGCCUCUGUCCUGGCGAUGGACUGGUAUGGUAAGGCGCGACUCAAUGCGGCGACGUUCACAAACAUGACCAUCGCCGGAUCGCCCGUCGCGGCGAUCAAGAACGUGGACAAUUUCUCGUUCGCGAGAGUGUAUGCGGCCGGGCACGAAGUGCCUGCCUUCCAGCCGGUGGCUGCCCUGGAGAUUUUCAAGCAGGUAAUCGCAAUGCAGCAGCUUCACUCUGUAUAG